UUCCAAUCGCAUAUACUGCAAAAAUGACAGAAUCUUAUGACACCUUCAAAACACUUUUACUCAAGAUUCAAUAUAAUAAAUAUAAUUGGAAAGUAUGUGGAGAUUUAAAAGUGAUUGGCAUAUUACUCGGACUACAAUCAGGCUAUACAAAAUAUUGCUGUUUCCUUUGUGAGUGGGACAGCAGAGCAAGGGAGCAGCAUUAUAUAAAAAAAGACUGGACACCGCGGCAACAAUUAAUCCCUGGCGAGAAAAAUGUAAAACAUACAAAUCUUAUCGAUCCUCAAAAUGUUUAUUUACCACCGCUACACAUAAAAUUAGGGAUAAUGAAAAAUUUUGUUAAGGCAAUGGAUAAAUCAGGACCAGGAUUUGAAUAUUUAAAAACAAAAUUCCCAUUAAUAUCCGACGCAAAAAUAAAAGAAGGAAUAUUCGUUGGCCCUCAAAUUAGAAAUCUGAUGAAUGAUAACAAUUUCACAUUAAAACUGAAUAAUUUGGAAAAAGCAGUGUGGCUUGCAUUCAAGAAAACAACAUAUAAUUUUCUCGGAAACCAUAGAGCAAGAAAUUAUAUUUCCAUAGUCAAUAAACUCCUGAAAGCAUGUAAAGAACUCGGAUGCAAUAUGUCUUUGAAGAUUCACUUCCUAGAUUCUCACUUAGACUUCUUUCCGCCAAAUCUCGGUGAUGUGAGUGACGAACAUGGAGAACGUUUCCACCAAGACAUUUUUAGGAUGGAAAAACGGUACCAAGGAAAAAAAUCAUGUGCAAUGUUAGCAGAUUAUUGCUGGACUUUGAUGAAGGACAACAAAGAUGUGAAGUACAAACGUCAAGCAAGACGAAAACAUUUUUAAGUUCGUUUACUGCAGGUAAUUCUUUAUCUUAUACAUUUUAUUCUUUCUAUAUCAUAAACAAAUUUCAAAAUUGUCUUCAAUCGACUGUCGAUUG